UCCAAGAUGCAAAAUGAGGGUUGUUGAUUUUACUUUUUUAAGGAUGUAUUCCAAUAGAGAAGCAAGAGAAAAUAUUGCUAAAGUUCAAGAAGCUUUACAUGAAAUUUAUGAAGAAUAUGUUCAUGAAUAUCAACAUGGCAAUGAACAUAGUGGUGAAACUCCAAUGCAUAAUAAUGAUGAUAUUGGCAAUAAUGGCAAAGGCUCAUCAGGUUGGUCCGAAUUUUCAAGUUAUGUGAAAUCUAUUGAAAAAGCCUCGCCACAACAGUCAGAUUUGGAUGCAUACUUAGCUGAAGGCUGUUUUAUUUUUGAAGGAGAUCCUAAUCAAUUUAAUGCUUUAGAAUGGUGGAAGGGAAAUACUUUAAAAUGUCGCAUCUUGUCGAGAAUGGCUCAUGGCAUACUUGCUAUUCUCAUCACUACAGUGGCUUCAGAGGUUACUUUUAGUGCAGGCGAUAGAGUGAUUGACACUUAUCUUGCUUCAUUGGCUCCCGAUACAGUGCAAGCAUUGUUUUGUGGAGGAGAUUGGUGUCAAAAUUUUCAUGGAGUGAAAAAGAAAAACAAAGUUUGAUGGAAACAUUGGGUCAAACCCUCACAUUCAAGAAAAUAUAUUCUUGACAUGGUGGAUUGAUUGUUUUCUUAUUAUCUAUGGACU